AUGAGAGAGAUCGUUCACCUGCAGACCGGUCAGUGUGGUAACCAGGUCGGUACCAAGUUCUGGGAGGUCCUCUCCGACGAGCACGGCAUCGACAGCAACGGCAACUACCACGGCAACACCGACGACCAGCUCGCCAGGAUCAAUGUCUACUUCAACGAGGCCGCCGCCAACAAGUAUGUGCCCCGUGCCGUCCUGGUCGACCUCGAGCCCGGCACCAUGGACUCGACCCGCUCGGGACCCCUCGGCGGCCUCUUCCGCCCCGACAACUUUGUCUUUGGCCAGAGCGGCGCCGGUAACAACUGGGCCAAGGGUCAUUACACUGAGGGUGCCGAGCUGGUCGACAGCGUCCUCGACGUCGUCCGCAAGGAGGCCGAGAACUGCGACAUGCUGCAGGGCUUCCAGAUCACCCACUCGCUCGGCGGUGGUACCGGCGCCGGCAUGGGCACCCUGCUGAUCUCCAAGAUCCGCGAGGAGUACCCGGACCGCAUGAUGGCCACCUUCUCCGUCUUCCCCUCGCCCAAGGUGUCGGACACGGUCGUCGAGCCCUACAACGCCACCCUCUCGGUCCACCAGCUCGUCGAAAACUCGGACGAGACCUUCUGCAUCGACAACGAGGCCCUCUACAACAUCUGCUUCAAGACGCUCAAGCUCAACGCGCCCACGUACGGCGACCUCAACCACCUCGUGUCGCUCGUCAUGUCGGGUGUCACGACCUGCCUGCGCUUCCCCGGCCAGCUCAACUCGGACCUGCGCAAGCUGGCCGUCAACAUGGUGCCCUUCCCGCGUCUCCAUUUCUUCAUGGUCGGCUUCUCGCCGCUGACGGCGCGCGGCUCGCAGUCGUACCGCGCCGUGACGAUCCCCGAGAUCACCCAGCAGGCGUUUGACAGCAAGAACAUGAUGACGGCGUGCGACGCCCGCCUGGGCCGCUACCUCACCUGCGCCGCCUACUUCCGCGGCAAGGUGUCGAUGAAGGACGUCGAGGACCAGAUGCAGAACUUCCAGCAGAAGCACUCGACCCAGUUUGUCGAGUGGAUCCCCAACAACGUCCAGACGGCCCAGUGCGACAUCCCGCCGCGCGGCCUCAAGAUGUCGGUCACCUUUGUCGGCAACUCGACGGCCAUCCAGGACGUCUUCAAGCGCAUCGCCGAGCAGUUCUCGGCCAUGUUCAAGCGCAAGGCCUUCAUGCACUGGUACACGGGCGAGGGCAUGGACGAGAUGGAGUUUACCGAGGCCGAGUCCAACCUGCAGGACCUCAUCGCCGAGUACCAGCAGUACCAGGACGCCUCGGCCCUCGACGAGGAGCUCGAGGAGGAGUACGUCGAGGAGGAGGAGCUCAUCCAGGAGUAG